CAUGCGGGUCAAGAAAAAAAAUUGCACUUCCAUGCGGGAAGCCCAACAUGAUAAGCGGCCAAGAAGCGCCAGCUGUCGUAAUGUGGGUGGUGCUGUCUUAAUUUCACAGCUGUAGUUGAAUUCUUAAUAUCUUGUUGGCAUUGGGACCACGUCGUCAAGUUGAAUAUGCACUCUGUUGUGAAUAGCAUUUGAAUUUCCGGUGCUUGCCAGCUUAGUGUCAAAGCCGACGUUGCCGGUGAGGAAUACAAUGGUGGUGUCACCAUUGGGCCUAGCUUUCCUUUUCGCCGCGCUACGCGCACUCGUCGCUUCAACUCCGAACGAGGUGCUACGAGCAAGAGGUGCACCUACAGACGAUGGCACGAAGGCUGUUGACGCUUUCCUCAGUGGAGCAUACAACUUGAGCUGUGCUAACUACACGGCGUGUCCAAAGCCUGGAAACCACAGCCAGUGGCCACCGCGGCAGCACGUCUCUGGCAAUGCGACUCGCUUCGCGAGGCCCAGCUGUGACUGCGAGCCUUCAUGCUUCGACUACGGCUCCUGCUGCAUUGGCAGCCCAUUGAGGGAUGCACAGCCUGUCAUGUCUUGUCGAAACGUGCGGCUCGCCGACGUCUCCUCGAGCGUCUACAUGAGGACCACCUGCGCCCGCGACUGGCAAGACGACCAGGUGCGCAGUGAAUGCCAAGACGAGUGGGCGGCUGCGACGGAUCCGUUUCUCACCAUCCCUGUGACGAGCAAGAGCACCAAUGUCACGUACAGGAACGUGCGCUGCGCCGUCUGCAACCGCGAUUUCAACGUGAAGAUGUGGACCGCGUUUCUGCGCUCUCUCCGCCAGGACAGCGGCGCGGCGUGUUCGCCCUCCAAGACUCACGACCCAUCACAGUGUCCCGUCUUCCUGGGCUGCCCGGACUUCAUGCAUGGCAAGAGGCCUCAGCAAUACUUUCGCGUCUGCCGCUCCGACUUGGUGGCCGACUGUCCGGCCGACUUCCGCGACCGCAACUCACGACUGCGCAACGGCUGUCACACAUACUUUGCCCCUGUACUAGAUAAACUCACGGGUGUCAGCUACAAAAAUGCCUAUUGCGCUCUCUGCUAUGGCGUUGGAGCAGGAGACCUCACUUGUGUGGAGGACGACAGUGUGGUGGAAUAUCCAUGGACAGAGUGGGAUGAAGACAGGGAGGACAUUAUUUCCCACGCUGACGUUCUCCCCUCGUAUUCGCUUCUCAUCGACGUCGACUUCGCAAGAGGCGGAAUCAAGGUGGGCCUUCAAGACCGCUGCGCACCGAAUCAGGCAUAUGACCCGUGGAAGGAGACCUGCCGCAAUCUUGUGUGCGGCAAGCUGUACGAACUGCGCGACGGCCUGUGUGUUGCUAGCGCACUCAAGGCCGCUUACGGUUCGUCUGCGUUGCCUCGCGCGCUUCUCGCGUCUAACUGCACCAAGGUGGCACUGGACACCGACGAGUUCACGCUCUGGGAGAACCACACCGCCACCCUUCGAGGAGACGCCGGUAGCGGUGAGCUCUUGGUGCCCGGAGAAUACGAGCUGCUGUCCGAUGGCUCUAUUCUGGUAUGUGCCGAGUCCAGCUUCCAAGGCGCUGUGCGAAGGAUGUCAGUAUACAAGUUUCGUGACACCGAAGGUUACAUUACGCUCGCCGGCAGCCUGGUAUCGCUAGGCUGCCUUCUUGUCAAGAUGGCGCUUCAUAUUCACACGCCUGGUCCACGUAAGCUGCCCGACAAGUUGAUCAGCAUGCUUUCCCUGUCCAUCUUCGCCGCACAGUUGCUGUUUCUCUUCGUCAUGGUCGCUGCCCGGUACCAGGCACUGUGUGUGCUGAUUGGUGUGCUUGUGCACUACUUCUUUCUGGCCAGCUUCUUCUGGACCACUGCUCUCGCGCUGGAUCUGUACUGGUCUGUGUCGUCAAGCGCGGAGCCGAGCAAGAGGAGAGGAGCCCGAGCCUUCUGCGUGUUCAGCGCCUACUGCUGGUCUGCGCCGGGGCUCGUUGUUAUCCCGUCGGCUGCCAUGGACCUGUGGUUGCUUGCGCCGAAACACCCGAUGGCGCCAGGUUACGGUCGCGGCGUCUGCUGGAUCUCAAAUCGAAUGGCCCUGCUCGCCUUCUUCGCGGCGCCUAUGGCGGCCGUGGUGGUGACCAACCUGGUUUUCUUCUGCCUUUCCAUAGUCCGCAUCUCUGGCACCAUCACCCAGACUGACAAACUCCGCCGUAGCUCCUGCAGCAGCAGCAGCCGCUGGAUGCUCGUGGUCUACCUUAAGCUGGCACUGGUAAUGGGCGCCACGUGGACACUGGGAUUCGUGGCUCCCUUUGCACGAGUACAGGCACUCUGGCACGCCUUCGUGAUCCUCAACAGCCUCCAGUACUAUCCAUCUGAGGCCAGCAAUAGCGUUCACGGAGAAGCUGCUUGGUACGGAUUGCCUGGUGAUUUUCAUGUGCCAACUGAAGAAAUGGCGCCUUUGUCUUCUUCGCCUUCACACGAAUCGCGCUGCGACACCGGCUCGUCUCAUGGCUUCAGCGACGCCGCAGCAAGGAGUCCUCCUCUGGGCAAGUCAUCAUGCCUGCAUCACUUGUGCUAACUGAGCGUAAGCAGUGACGGCGUGCCCACUUCGUCUUUUAAUAUAUUUUUGACGGCCACCGUUUUAUAUUUACUGUUUCUUUUACAACUUUUAGAAAUUUACCCAUUGAACCACUGUGAAGCACUGUGCCUAGCUUUUCGUGCAUCUGCACCAGAGAAUGACGGGGUCUCAAAUUCGUUGUCUUAAGUGUCCUUUACCGUGGUAGUCAACGUAUACGAUAUCUCGUGCUGGAAUUUAGUACUGUGAAUUUAAAUGCAAAAUAGUGCAGAGAGUGUACUGGUGCUGUUAUUUGG